CCACCGCCUGCCACUGCGCUUCUGUCCCCCAGCAGCUUCCGUCUCUUGUCUGCUGAAGCUGAAGCGCUGACGGGCCCUUUCUCAACACCCGAGUCCCUCAAUUUUACGACAUCGGCUCCUUCGUCUCAACCUCGCGUUGCCGUGCGCGACCAUCCCCAUAUUCUCUCUGGGUCAGACAAUGGCUGCCGAAAGUCAGUCCAUUUAUCUGACCACCACCCCAGACCCCUGCCGCACGCCCAGACAGUCUAUACAUCACGAACCUCCAACGAAAACCCUGUCCGACACCAUCGUCUCUCCACUGCCCGUCCCGACCAUCACCAUCAUGCCCGAGCACGCUACAACUCCAGAGCCUAUCAACUUGAUGCCGCCCGAAGAUGACCCCUUUUCCCCACAAUACGUCCCAAAGCAUACCCUCAAGCGUCGAUCAAGUCGCCUCUCUCAUUGGCUCGAACAGCUCCAGACACAGGCCUCGUCACCUCAGCAAGGGGAUGGAGAAAUAACCCCUAAGCCGGCUCGCCGCACAUGCGGCCCUUACCUCGCAUACCCGCAUCUCAGUCACAGGACCGCUCUCCCAACCUUCGACGAGGACUCUGACGGCACGUAUGACUAUGUGUUAAUCGAAGAUGCCGAUAUAGAAGAUUAUCCUGCUAUAGAACAUUCCGAUGAACCCAUAUCCCACGACGUAUUAACAGCGUCUUCAGAGUAUAUGACGCCUCGCUCAGGCGUCCGAAAGCUGAAAGCCCCUGCCUCGCUCAGGAACCUGUAUCUCGCAGCCCGGCCCCCUUCCACGUCCAUGACAUCGACGCCUCCCCACCAAUCCCGCUUAUCGAUGCUCAGUAGACCUACACGUGUUACAUCAGGUCCUUCCAACGAUGAUCUCAGUCACAUUCGAUCAUCAAGUGCUGUGAGCUCCCAUCUCGAGGUUCCCUCUACUACGUCAAAGCGAUGGCGGCCUAGCGUCCUUGGUCACUUUUCUCCGUCACAAUCAGAUUCACGUCUACCUCACGACCCGAGCAUGAAUCCUUCGCGCCCGAGCAUAUCCUCCACGAACACAUCCUCUCUCACCAUUCCCACAUCAUCUACCAUGUAUGAGGAAAACCCCCCUUCUCAAACGCCGCAGAAGUCAAUCACCCUCCUUGGCUCUCUCAGGAGGCGCCACUCAGAGAAACCUUCUAAGGCCGACCGUAAUUCGAGCGCUUCGCCCUCCCUGUGGCUUGGGUCAUCAUCGCCGCAACAAGAACCGGAUGGGCCUCAAUCGCCAUCGCGGCUGGUACGCAAGGCCAGCACGAUCCGACUGCCGUUCACGUCAAAGGCCAAGCCACCCCAAACAGGGUAUGCAGGCACGAUCUUUGAAGAAAUCGGCUCCCCGCAGCCGAGGACCGUGUACGCGGGGAGGUCCGGUGGUCGUAUUUCUCUUUCUUCGAUUGGACCUCCAUCACGUACGAAGAAAAAGAAACUAGUGGUCAGUGGUAUUGGUAUGAAAGACACGAGGCGGUUGGAGGCGGUGCAACGAUGGUGCCAGUCAUUUGGCGAGGUGGAUGAGAUCGUCAGGAUGCCUAAUGGGGAUUUGCAUGUCAACUUCCAUCGAGCGGAAGUUGCAGAUACUGUCUGCCGUGUCCGUGCGAAAGUCUUCAUACCAGGAGUAGGCAGCGUCCAUUUGUCCUGGUAUACAGGAAACAAGCGACCGUGAAGUAACUUUCACCAACUUUAUACAAACCCACUUUAGAUCUGAUUAAUCCGUUAUCCUUCAGCAUCCUUCAUUUGGAUUCUAAUCUCGCAUGUACAUAUGUCAAUCUUUUGUAUCACCCUGGCAAUACCCUCAUGACUUAUGCUGACGACUCCUUUAUGAACACUCGCAUCCCCCCAUUCACC